AUGCUUCCACAUGAAUUGACCCUCAUUCUCGCAGCCACCCGUGACAUGGGCAUUGGCUUGCGAGGAACCUUGCCCUGGACAGGGCUGAAGAAGGAGAUGGCCUACUUCGCGCGCAUUACAAAACGGCUUCCGCCUCAAGGAGAAGCCCCCGCAAUGAACGCCGUGAUCAUGGGACGUAAGACUUGGGAUAGUAUUCCACCAAAGUUCCGGCCUCUUAAGGGACGACUGAACAUCGUCAUCAGUCGUUCAUUCAACUCACCGCCUGAGGAGCCGGCCAGCCUUGAGACCGAUCCCGUCAAAGCUUCCUCCCUGGAACAGGCCAUUUCCUAUGUUAACAGCAAUGGCCAUGUUGGGAGGAUCUUCGUUAUUGGCGGCGCGCAGAUCUACGCCGCUGCACUGGAGAUGAAGGAGGCACGGAGAAUAAUGCUGACCAAGGUCAUCUCCGACUUCGAGUGCGACACGCACUUCUCCUUAGCAUUGAAAGAUGACACAGAGACCGCCGGCUGGACCAAGAGAUCGAAAGCAGAGCUAGAUGCAUGGGCAGGAGAAACUGUACCAGAAGGUGUUCAGGUUGAAAAUGACACUUCAUAUGAGUUCCAGAUGUGGGAGAGGACAAAUUAA